AGCGCCCCCUUCACCCACGGAUUCAGGGACCCAGCAAUAGCGAUGGCUCCGGUGUCUGGCUCCCGCAGCCCGGAGUGGGAGGCCUCGAGCUCCGGGGGGAAGCGUCGCAGUUCUUCGAAGAGCCCUAAGCCUAGCAAAUCCUCUCGCUCCCCGCGCGGCCGCCGCUCUCGCUCGCGCUCUUGCUCUCGGUCCGGGGACCGGAAUGGCCUCAGCCAUCAGCUGAGUGGCUCCAGCCAAGGCUCCCGAAACCAGUCCUACCGUUCGCGCUCGCGAUCACGCUCUCGAGAGCGGCCCUCCGCACCGCGCGGCGCCCCUUUCUCUUCUGCCUCCUCGUCCGCCUAUUAUGGCGGCUACUCACGCCCCUACGGGAGCGACAAGCCGUGGCCUAGCCUCCUGGACAAGGAGAGGGAGGAGAGCUUGCGGCAGAAGAGACUAAGUGAGAGAGAGAGGAUUGGAGAAUUGGGAGCUCCUGAAGUGUGGGGACUUUCUCCAAAGAAUCCAGAACCAGACUCUGAUGAACACACACCAGUAGAGGAUGAAGAGCCAAAGAAAAGCACCAGUUCAGCUUCUACUUCAGAAGAAGAAAAGAAGAAGAAGAAGAAGUCUAGUCAUUCAAAAGAAAGAUCCAAGAAAAGGAGGAAGAAAAAAUCAUCUAAAAGAAAACACAAGAAGUAUUCUGAUGAUAGUGACAGCGACUCUGAUUCUGACACAGACUCCAGUGAUGAAGAUACAAAAAGGAGAGCAAAGAAAGCCAAGAAAAAGGAAAAGAAGAAGAAACACAGAUCGAAGAAAUAUAAGAAAAAGAAGUCUAAGAAGAGCAGAAAAGAUUCCAGUGACUCAAGUUCUAAAGAGUCCCAAGAAGAGUUUCUGGAGAAUCCUUGGAAGGAUCGAUCAAAGCCUGAAGAACCCUCAGAUUUGAUUGGCCCAGAGGCUCCCAAAACACUUGCCUCUCAAGAUGAUAAACCUCUGAACUAUGGCCAUGCUCUGUUACCCGGUGAAGGUGCAGCUAUGGCUGAAUAUGUAAAAGCUGGAAAACGUAUCCCACGAAGAGGUGAAAUUGGCUUGACAAGUGAAGAAAUUGCAUCAUUUGAAUGUUCAGGUUAUGUAAUGAGUGGUAGCAGGCAUCGCCGAAUGGAAGCUGUGCGUCUGCGAAAAGAGAACCAGAUCUAUAGUGCUGAUGAGAAGAGAGCCCUUGCAUCCUUUAACCAAGAAGAGAGACGAAAGAGAGAAAACAAGAUCCUGGCCAGUUUUCGAGAGAUGGUAUACAGAAAAACUAAAGGGAAAGAGGACAAAUAAGGAUUUUCUGAUUGUUCAUCAGACAUUUUUAACAACAAAAAAGAAAGUUUGGG